AUGAACACCGGGAAGCAGUCCACGGUGGAGCACUUCCGAAAGGGCUUCAGUGACUACGACGCGGACGGCAGCGGAAGCAUCAGCACCCUGGAGUUGAGCGACAUCUUCCGUGAGUUCGGCUAUCGAAUCUCUGUGGAAGCUCUGCAUCACUACAUUGACCGGGUGGAUGAAGACGGCUCAAACCAGCUUGAUUUUCGGGAGUUCCUUCGCCUCAUGCGGUGGCACCGCGAGUCAGAGCUCGACAACUACAAGAAGGUCUAUGCCAACUUCAAGGUCGCCGUUGACGAUUAUCAGGGCAUCCCGGGGAAAAAGCUUGCGCGGGCCAUCGAGGAGUUGAAAGCCAUCGGUGAUCGCCGCAUCAUCGACAGUGAGGUCGACAGGUUGCCCAGCGACAUCCUCAUAGAUUUCGACAUGUUCGUGGACAUCGUGGACGCAUGUCGCUUUGAGUUCGUGAAGCAGGAGAAGAAGAAGGCGGGCUUCACAGACGAGGAGCUGCAGAUAUACGUGGACCAGUUCAAGAAGUUUGACAGGGACGGAAGUGGUGGGAUCGAAGGGAAGGAGCUCCUGAAACUGCUAGAGGCCCAUCGGGGAAAAAGGUUCUGUUGCAACGGCUCAACACUGCUCGGCAUCGUGCGCGUGAGGCGCGUGGGUCUGCUUCGGGGACGAGGGUAA